AUGCCGAAGAAAAGAAGCCGAUCAAGAUCGAGGGACUCAUCCGUCUCAACCGAAUCUUUCGACUAUCUCCAGAAAAAAGUUCAGAAAUAUGAAAGAAAAUUAGCUAAGAAAAUGAGAAGGGACAAAAGUCGCGAGGAUCGACAACGUCAGAAGGAACUGGAGGACCAGCGGACUAACAAAGAUAAUGCUCAGAGCAGUUAUUUGGGACUGUAUCACGCAUUAAGUAUUUUAUUUGACUACGUAUGUAUUUACAUACAAAGUCACGAGUUUCCUCUUAGGAAAGAAAUUUCAUACACAGGGCAGUUUGUGGAACUGUCUGAAUUAUUAAAUUAUAAAAUUCAUCUGGUCGCCAUCUUCUGUUUUUCAGAAAAUGACACGUCACAAACUGAGACGUCAGAGGUUGUAACGCCAAAGGAGGUUCCUGAGGUAUCGACAAAGGAGACACCGAAUCAAACGACACCUGGCGACGGAUCAGAGGAAACUGAACCUACGCCACUUGAGUCGGUAACUGGGUUAUCCACAGAGUCAAAUAUAAACAAAACUCAGGAGGUUGCAGAUCAAGUCCAAAAAGAGAAGGAGGUUGUGACAAUAGACCUCGACAAGGACAUUCUCGAAAUUUUAGGCGAUGACCCAACAAAUGAAAUUAAAUAUGGACCUGAGAUCCAUAAAGAAAUUGCGACUAGGUUUGAACAUAUCGCAACUUUGGGGUUGUCCAAAGAGAACCGAAAAGAAAUAAUGGAGAAAUAUUUGACACCGGCAAACUGUACUCGCUCAGGUGCUCCAUUAUUGAACCCUGAAAUUAAGGCGGCUAUCUCAGAAACUGUGAUUAAGCGAGAUAAAGGCAUUGAGGCAAAACAAAAGCAACUAGCUACAGCUAUAGCAGGUCUUGGAAAGGUUAUUUCCGCGCAAAUGUGUGCUACAAACAGGGACACAGAACUAGUAAAAGACCUUAUGAACACUGGGCGUAUUUUAUGCGAUUUACAACACGCCGAAUCAGACCAACUAACCGAUAACAAAAUAGAUAAAUUUUUAUUUGGAGAAAAUUUAGCGGAGACGCUAAAAGCAGCAAAAGCGGUAUCAAAGUCGAGUACGGCUCUGACAGCCUAUAUUCGAAGAACCAAGGAUCUGCGAUCUACAAAAGACCUUUUCAUCAGCUACAGAAAGCCUUUUGGAACAGUUACCACACAGACAAUAAGUCGUUGGAUAAAACUAACAUUAAAAGAUAGUGGCUUGGAUGUGACAACAUUCUCGGCGCAUAGUACACGCCACGCAUCAACUUCGAAAGCUCAUAAAUUGGGCGUUAAUAUUGAUGAAAUAAGGAAGACCGCAGGCUGGAGUGGAACUUCCAACACCUUUGGGAAAUUCUACAAUAGAAUUAUUGUAGCACCGAAUAAGGGAUCACUGGCAAGGGCAAUAAUCAAUGAACCGGAGAUGUAA